AUGGACUCUGACCCGCACACUCGCCCUGAACCAAAACGGCGAAAGACCGCGCUUUCAACUUUGCCUCUCCACAUCGCCUCUCUUCAUCCGCUAACUUCGGCCACGGCCCCACUACGCCCCCUCCGAACAGGUUAUGACGCUCUAGACAUCGCCUUGCACGGUGGCCUCCCCCGGGGUGGCCUGGCGGAGAUCUACGGUCCACCGGGGAGCGGCAAGACAACGCUCUCUCUCUCACUAUUGGCGAGCGUCGUAGCGUCAGGCGGGAAGGCUUUGCACAUAGAUUGCGACGGGAGCUUCCAUGCAAAGCGCUUUCUUGAGCUGUUGAGUCGCUUCGAAUGCGAGAAAGGGAACGCAAGCGCCAGGCUGCAAGUCGCGCGGUGCACGUCGUGGGAAGCGCUUGUGAGCGGACUGGCGCAUACUUUGCCUGGCUUGAUGCGAGAAGGUGGCGUGCAACUAGUCGUCAUAGAUUCGCUCACGUUUAUGUUUCGCUUGGCUGAGGGCGCUGCUGUGAGUAAGCGGCUCGAGGCGUUUGCUAUGCGUAUGCAUGAGGCAGCUGCCCAGGUCGAGGCUAGCGUUGUUCUGGUGAAUCACGGGAAGAAGUCACCAGAAGGGGGACCUGUGGUGGCAGCUAUGGGUGAGGCUUGGCAGCACGUUUGUGCGACUAGGCUUUGUGUGACGCGAGAUGAGAGAGGUCAGGGCGUUGUUGAGAUUAUCAAAAGUCCACUUGCCAAACGGACCCGCAUCCCGUUCACAAUCACCCUCGAAGGAAUGGAGCAUCCUUACCCUGACUGA